UUUAUAAGAAAGUAGAAAAUCUUUAAUUCUUUAAUCUGCCAAACUAAUAUCAAUGAAUAAUGUAAAUUUAUAUUAAAUUUCAAGCAUCUUAAUUAAUCAAGUAUGGAUAGUUACAUAGUUAUAUCUUUUAUUGGCGAAGGUUCGUUUGGCCGUGUUUUCAAAGCUAAACAUAAAGAAACGGAUGCAGUUGUAGCUUUGAAAGUUAUAAGAAAGAAAGGGCGGUCAGUAAAAGACUUGAAGAAUUUAAGACAAGAAUGUGAUAUACAGAGGCAGCUAAAACAUCCAAAUAUUAUUCGAAUGAUAGACAGCUUUGACACAGACUCAGAAUUAGUAGUUGUCACAGAGUAUGCAGAAAAGGAGUUGCAUAGCAUCCUGGCUAAAGAAGGAUGUUUGAAUGAAGAACAAGUGAAGAAAAUCACUUGGGAUUUGGUCUCUGCGCUUUAUUAUUUACAUUCACAUAGGGUGUUGCAUAGGGAUUUGAAACCUCAAAAUGUCUUACUAGACAGUUCAGGACGAGCAAAGCUGUGUGAUUUUGGUUUAGCAAGAAUAAUGACAAAUGCUACCCAUAUUCUGACUUCCAUCAAAGGUACACCAUUGUAUAUGGCACCUGAAUUGAUUGAGGAGAAACCUUAUGAUCAUCAGGCUGACUUAUGGUCCCUGGGAUGCAUAGUGUAUGAGCUGAUAGCAGGACAGCCACCGUUCUGUACCAUGUCAAUAUGGCAGCUAGUGCGGAUGAUCAGGCACAAACCGGUGCAGUGGCCCAGUUUCAUCAGCACUGAAGCCAGAUCAUUUUUACAGGGUCUACUCCACAAAGAUCCUAUGAAGAGGAUGACUUGGCCGGAAAUUCUGGAACAUCCUUUCGUGUCUGGUCAUGUGACUAUUCUCCCAGAAGAUGUUCAAAGUGAAUCACCGUUCACAAAACCAUUGACUCAUAGCCAGCAAGAAGCUAAGCAGCUACAGAGGGAAAAAGUUAGCAGUAAUACAAGAACAAUACCGGAGCCAAAACCAGAGCAGAAAGAACAUGACUUAAGAAACGCAAGAGUGAUGCAAGCUAUGGAGUGUGUGCCCAUGUCUGAUGACGACAGCGUCAGAGCAACCAGCGCCUUCAGUGUACGAGACAGCCUGAAAACAGACGACGAAGACCAGUCCCACCCAAUCACAGCGGCCAACGCAAAAUUACUCAGACACGAGUAUAAUGUACUAAAUAACUCCAACCUCGUUGUAUGCAACUUAGAAAACAAUAUGGCCCAAUUAAUGGCAGCCAACAAAAAACAAUCAGAUCUCAACAAAAUGGAUAAAAUAGAUGAAGAAAAACCGAAUAUAGAAAAACAUGUUGAAGAAAAGAAACCUUUAAGUGCUAGUGACAGUAAGAAGGAUGUUUUAGAGAUGAAACAGAAAUCGAAAUCCAUAGACACUGCGUCACAGAGUUUAGAGCAUCCAAAAAGUUCGACCAAGUGCAGUAGUGACGUUAGUUCUGGUUUGAGUAAAAGCGUUCCGCCUUCAUACAAGCAGAAAAUACUGCAAUUCUCCCGUGAUAAACUCAGAUUUGGUAGUGGAGGAAAUAAACUAACCAGAAGUAUUAAACGAUCGUUUCAUUUUAGUAGAAGUUGGGACAAAAAUAAAAAUGAAACACAGAGACGAACUAGCGAGCCUACUAUUGAGGUUUCAAGUCUUAUAGAUGAUAAGGAAAAGUUUUCUAAAGAGGAAAGGGAUCAGGAUGUGGAGAAAUCUGAAGUUAUUGACGAGAGUCCUGAUGAUAAAGAGGUUGCCGAUAAUGAUAGGAUUCUUAAAACAGAAGAUAAAAGUGAUGUGAAAGAGCCUUCUUCUAUAGAAUUAGAAGAAUGGGAGGCAUUCCUUAACUCCAACAUCAGUGAAGUUAUGGAUGGCGACGUAGAAUCCCUGACUCAAUUGAAUAUGGUGAGCAUGGUGAUAGGUGUAGUAGGCAGCGCGGCUCUGGCGCGGGGCGGCGGGCGCGUGUGCGGCGCGGUGGCGGCGCUGCUGGCGCUGCCCGCGCUCGCCACCACGCUGCCCCGGCACACGCUGCUCAACAUACAAGACGUAUACCUAGAAGCUAAAGUGGUGUACAAUUUCGUCGCGGCCAUCAACACUCUUAUGAAAGACAGUAAGGAUAGUGACGACGGCGCUCAAGAUAGAUUGCAAGGCGUGGGUCGUAUGCUAGAAGUAUGCGCGUGGCUGUGCGUGCGCUCGUGCCGCGGCGUGCGGCAGCUGGCCACGGCACUCACUGCGUAUAGCGCACAUCCUGUCUUCACCAGGCUUCUUAUGCACUAUUCAAAAUCACCACGCAUAGUACUGAACAUCGUUGGCCUCCUAAUCACCGUACUCCAAGACUUACCCGAGCACGCAGAUGUGGUAGAAAAAAUACUCUUUGACGAACCGAGUUUUAACUUCAUAACCUUAGUUGAACAACCCAGUGAUGCGCUUAGAAUGAGAGUCUGUAUACUUAUAAGUUUGUUGUGCACUUUCUCCUGUACUGCAUUUUCUGUUGCCAUGGAGACGAAGUGGAGUAAGAAGGAGUCGGAAUCAAUAGAGGCUUUGCACACCCAUUGUAAUGUAGCUUUGAAUAGGGCAGCUAGAUUGGCUACUAAGGAGUUGAGUAAUAUGCCUUUUUAUGUCAGCUAAUAGAGUGAUCAAGCUGAAAGGUGAAUUUUGUAAGAGGUUGAAAGGGUUUUGAAAUUUUGAGGCCAAAUUAUUGUUAAGAAGAACGUUUUGGAAGACCAUGCAUAGCUUGUUUGAGAAGUUUGAAAUGUUAUGUAGAUGUUUUAUCAGAUGAGUC